AGCCACACACACACACUCUCUCUCUCUCUCUCCCCUUCUUCAUCCUCACUGCCUCCCCACUCACUCCACACACACUCACCCUCCAUUUUCGUUUUCUCUCUCUGGAAAGAGGAGUGAGUUCUGAGCUCUGUGCAGCAAUGGUGGUUCCCAACAUUUCUUCAAUGCUUUUAUUCCUCAUCUGCGUUGUCUCCAUUGCAGCUGUAGAUGGUGGCUCCGUCGGCGUGAACUAUGGGCGAGUAGCCAACAACCUACCAUCCGCAACCAAAGUGGUGGACCUCCUCAAAUCUCAGGGUGUAGAUCGAGUCAAGGUCUACGAUUCCGACCCCGCUGUUCUCAAGGCUUUAUCCGGCUCGGGUAUUAAGGUCACUGUCAAUCUCCCCAAUGAGCUGCUCUCCUCCACCGCCCGCCGCCCCUCCUUCGCCUACACCUGGGUAAUGAAGAAUGUCGCCGCCUACCACCCUUCCACCGUUGUCGAGGCUAUCGCCGUCGGAAAUGAGGUCUUUGUCGACACCCACAACACCACCCGCUACCUCAUUCCGGCAAUGUACAACGUGCAAAAAGCGUUGGUGAAGUACAAUCUGGAGAAAGUCAUUAAGGUGUCGUCACCCAUUGCUCUCAGUGCGUUGCAGAACUCGUACCCGUCUUCAGCCGGGUCGUUCCGCCCCGAUUUGGUCGAACCCGUUUUCAAGCCCAUGCUGGAGUUCCUCCGCCAAACUGGAUCCUCCCUCAUGAUAAAUGUGUACCCGUUUUUCGCUUACGAGUCCAAUGCUGACGUCAUCUCCCUAGACUACGCGCUUUUCCGGGAGAAUCCCGGCGUCGUAGACGCCGGCAACGGGUUGAGGUACUUCUCCUUAUUCGACGCUCAAAUCGACGCCGUUUUUGCGGCAAUGUCGGCUUUGAAAUACGACGACGUGCCGAUCAUCGUGAGCGAAACCGGGUGGCCGUCCAAGGGUGACUCGAACGAGGUAGGCGCCAGCGUGGAGAACGCCGCAGCUUACAACGGAAAUCUAGUCCGCCGUGUGCUCGCAGGCGGCGGGACUCCCCUACGGCCACAUGCGAAUCUGACUGUCUACCUCUUCGCCCUCUUCAACGAGAACAAGAAGCCGGGGCCGACGUCGGAGAGGAACUUCGGAUUAUUCUACCCCAACCAGAAGAAGGUGUACGACAUUCCAUUGACGGCGGAGGGAUUGAAGAGCUACCGCGAUAUCCAGUCUCCGGUUACCGGCGGAGAGCAGAGAGUAUCAACGGCGAACGGGCAGACAUGGUGCGUGGCCAAGGAGGAGGCGGGGAAAGAAAAGCAAAGCUCAGGUCUAGACUAUGCCUGUGGAGAAGGAGGGGCUGAUUGCCAUCCGAUCCAGCCAGGAUCCACGUGUUUCGAUCCUAACACGCUGGAGGCGCACGCUUCGUUCGCUUUCAACAGUUACUAUCAGAAGAAGGGACGCGCUAUUGGCACGUGCUACUUUGGUGGGGCCGCUUACAUUGUCACCCAACAGCCCAAAUAUGGGAAAUGUGAUUUCCCCUUUGGAAAUUGAAGACAAUGAAGGUGGGAAGGCAGACAAACAAACAAAGCCAAGACUAUUAUGACGGGCUCAAAAAGUUGGAGAACAUAUCUAAAUCCAUUGUAAAAUUUUUCCUUCUAUUAUUGUUGUUUUGUGUAGUUACUAUAAUCAAUAGUUGUAGUAAUAGUAGUGAUGUUAAGAUAAGUGCCCAAUUGGAUGGACUUUUAGCUAAUUUGUUCCAAAGUAGAAUAUUGUUUAUUAGUGUCUCUAUUUGUUAUUGUACUUACCUUCA